AUGGUUCUCUUCGAUUGGGAGCGGAAAAAGGUGGACGUAACCACUGAAGACGACGACGAGCACUUCAAGUACAAUGCUGAUGCUCGUAAGCACCGGUUCGACAAAGGUACCCGUUGGAAGGAUGCCUUUGUCAUCUUGUGCGCUGGCUUCGCCUUGAUCUCCGAUGGCUACCAGAAUAACUUGAUGUCUAUGCUUAACAAAGUGUUCUCGCUUCAGUUCCCCAAGGAGUACACGUCGGAAAUGCUGACCAAUAUUUCCAAUGCUUCCUUGAUUGCCACUAUCAUUGGCCAAGUGACGGUGGGGGUUGUCUGUGACUACAUUGGUCGUAAAGCUGCGGUCAUCGGUGGUACUUUCUUCUUGGUUAUCGGCUCGCUUGUGGCUCUGACAGCUCAUGGUAGUCCUCACACCAUUCUCACCUGGAUCCGGUAUUGUCGUGGUAUCAUUGGUUAUGGUAUCGGGGCUGAAUACCCGGCACUGUCAACACUGGCAUCAGAGGCUGCCAACGCGUCGGUGAAACGUCGUGGUCGGGCAUUCGUGCUUGUGACCAAUCUCCCCCUUAGUUUUGGGGGUCCGUUCGCUCUUAUCGUGUUCCUUAUCGUUCAGGCCAUUUGUAAGAAUCACUACACGGGGAUCUGGAAGCUGAUGUUUGCGAUUGGCUGUUUCUGGCCGCUUGCUGUGCUUCCCUUCCGGUUAAUUGCCACACUGGAACUUUACAAAAGAUCAGCUGUGAAACGCAAAGUGCCGUACUGGCUAGCGAUCAAGUUUUACUGGAUGAGACUUGUGGGGAUUUCCAUGGCCUGGUUCCUUUACGACUUUGUUACUUUCCCCAACGGGAUCUUCUCUGCGCAAAUUAUCAGUAACGUCAUUCCUAAGGAACAAAAUAAAGAUUUGCGCAAGAUUGCCGAAUGGAACUUAUUGUUGGGGGUGUUGGCCAUCCCGGGUGUGUUUAUUGGUGCCUUCCUUAUUGAUAUCAUCGGCAGAAAGUGGACGAUGAUGAUUGGGUUUGCAGGCUACAUCGUGUUUGGUCUCAUCGUCGGCUGUGCUUACGACCUGCUUCUGAAACACACGGCUGGGUUUAUCGUGUUGUACGGGUUCUUUAUGAGUUCGGGGAACUUGGGACCAGGUGACUGUCUUGGUACGGUGUCUCUGGAGCUGUUUGCUACUCCCAUCCGUGGCACCGCCUAUGGUAUUUGUGCUGCCAUCGGUAAAGUCGGAGCGGUAGUGGGUACCCAAGCGUUCAAUCCUAUCCAAAAGAAUCUUGGUAAAAAAUGGACGUUCAUUAUUGCUGCCAUCUGUGGUCUUGCUGGGGUCAUUGUCAGUUUGUUAUUUGUCCCCAACUUGAACGACAAAAAUAAUGACUUGAUGGAGGAGGAUAUUCGGUUCAAGAACUACUGUAUCCAGCACGGGUGCUCUAAGGACAUCUUUGGUACUAAUGAAGCCUUGACCCACGACGAAAAGUUGUUCAAUAAUGAGAUCGACGACGAUGACUUAUCGAGCGACAAAGUGGAAGUGGUCAAUGAAGACAGUGACGAAGGUAAGGUAGAGGUGAUCAACGAACACAGUGACGAAUACACUCGUAAAGCCCACGACUCGUGA